GCACUCCUCCCCUUGGAUGUGACAUUUACUUUCUUUAUCUGCUGUUUACAGUGUGGGAGGUGGAAAAGGGCCCCGCCUCAUCAGAUCCAAUCAGGUGUGCAGUCCUUCACUCACUCAGUUUUAUUCUUCAGCUUCACAGGUCACAGUGAGUGCAGAGAAGCAUGGCCGGACAUAAUGUGAAGGUGUACGCUUUGCUGGGGCUGGUAAUUAUCUUUCUUAUUGUGAUCAUAUAUGUCGCUACGAAGCCCAAUUGCCCAAAAGGGACUUUCUGUAAAGGUGCCGUGGCUGCGGACAACGCCAACUGCUCAAAGAUCGGACUCAACAUUCUUAUACAAGGCGGCUCAGCAGUAGAUGCCGCCAUUGCUGCACUUCUGUGCACGAGCAUCAUGAACCCGCAGAGCGCUGGGAUCGGAGGGGGGGCCAUUUUCACCAUAAUGGACAAAUCUGGUAAAGUGACGAUCAUCAACUCCAGGGAGACUGCACCGUCCAGUGUGAAACCUGAUCUGCUGAAGUCCUGUGCUGAGAAAAAAUCAGAGGAAAAUGGAAGCAAAUGGAUUGGUGUUCCAGGGGAAAUUCGAGGCUACGAAUUGGCUCACAAACUUUAUGGAAAACUGAAUUGGAAAGAUUUGUUCACCACGACCAUCAAACUGGCCAGAGAGGGAUUCCAUAUUCCUCUAGUCCUAUACUCCUACCUCCCAGAGAUUAACGAAACUGAGUCCCUGCGGAAACUAUUUUCAUAUGAAAAUGGAACCCUAAAGACAACCAGAGACAUCAUCAAGUUUGAGAAACUGGCCGACACUUUGGAGCUAAUUGCAAACAAAGGACCGGAUGCUUUCUACACCGGAAGUAUAGCAGAGGAUUUGCAAAAAGUUACAGGAGGAAAUCUCACACUGAAGGACUUCGAGUCAUAUAAAGCCACAGUGACUGAUGCAUGGGUUGUCAAUGUGGGAAAGUACCAAGAGUACAAGAUGUACAUACCUCCACCCCCAUCAGGAGGACCACUCCUCAGCUUCGUCCUCAACUUCAUGACAGCGUAUAAAAAUGAACCAGCCCCUCAGUCUGUUGAAUUUUAUGACCGCUAUAUUAAAGCUCUCAAGCGGGCCAAUAAACUAAAGAAGUGUAUUCGGGAUCCAAACUUUGCUCCACCUGAAUUUGAACAGAAGGCAAAGGAAAUGACAACUAUUAGUGCUGCAGAAAACAUACAGGACAACUGUACACUCAGUUCCAAUAAAAUCGACAACUCUCAUCAGAGUAUGGGUACCACACACGUGUCUGCGGUGGACCAAUAUGGAACAUUUGUUGCCGUCACCAGCAGCAUCAAUAGCAUAUUUGGCUCCAAGGUCUACUCUCCAAACACUGGAAUCAUACUUAACAACCAGCUGUUGGACUUUUGCAACAGAUCUAUUGAUAAAAUAUCUCCAGGGGAGCGGCCCCCAUCCUCCAUGGCCCCUGUUGUGCUGAAGUCUAAAUCGAAGACGCUGGUGAUUGGAGCGAGUGGUGGGAGCAUGAUCACGACAGGGAUAGCCUCUGCUCUCAUCAACCAUCUUUGGUUUGGGAAGAGCCUCAAGGAGGCGAUUGAUGCUCGUGUUGUCUAUGUUGACCCUAACAACAAAGCAAAUUUAGAACCCAGCUUUGACAAUGCUUUAAUUAAAGAACUUGAAGGACGUUUUCAUGAACUAGGAAACAAAUUCUACAAUGUGGUUAACGCUGUGGAGAAAAAGGACGGCUGCAUCAGUGCUGAGUCUGAUGACAGGAAGCUGGGUGAAGCAGCUGGUUACUGACAAAACCAGUCAGUAAUGCUGGUUAUGGAGGAUGUUCUGAAAAUGUGUGAGAUCUUCCUCCAGUCUGUUGUUCUUGAACAUCACUAAACAACAAGCGGUGAAACAGGUUUAAUUUGCUGAGUGUUUGCUGUAACAUGGCUUCCUGUUACUGGAAUGAGCUGACAGACUAACCCAUGAUAUCAGGGGGAAAAAAAUGUUUUUUAUUUUUUUGUGUAGGAACAGGUCUUAAAUAUUUUUUGCUCUUUCAUUAAUAUUUUUUUGAAGAUGAAGAGCAUGUACUAAUGAUCCACAAAAUCUCUGCAGCAACUUCAUAUUUCUUACCUGUAAAAAGGGUUCAUGAAUACGUAACAGGGAAAUUUAGCGAAAAUACUGUAUUUUAAACAUUAAUUGUAAUUCCUUCUUUUAGUUGUACUCCACAGUUCAUUGAAUUUCUUGUGUUUGUUGCAACAUGAACAUUAUAGUAAUUUUAUUAGGAAAU